CGUCAUCAACGGAGAAAAUUGUGGAAAAGUCUAGGAAAAACUAAAUGCCAACCAAUUAUUUUUUCCACGAAAAAAAAUUCGUCAACAAAUUGCACGCAAAAAACCGGCAGCGAUAAAAAUGUCAGCACCAACUACCUACAAAAUCGGAUCGAUCAACGUGCUUAGUUUCUAUUUGGAUGAUGAAACUGCCGACGUACAUUUUCUAUUCAAAGUGGCCGAUGAUGAAUGGAUAAAAGUGGCAGCCCAUAAAACGCUCCUGGCCGCCAAAAGUGAUGUGUUCAAAACGAUGUUUUGCGGUUCGUUAAAAGAGGCGGGUGAAGUAAAAAUUGCUGAUUCAAAUCCAGUCGUGUUCAAAGAAUUUCUCCAGUUUUUCUAUCGUGAAGAGGUGGAAUUGGCGCCAGAAAAUGUGCACGAUGGCAUUUAUUUGGCGGAAAAGUAUAAUGUUACCGACGCUCUGCAAAAGUACAAACAGCAUUUGAAGCAUACUCUUACCGAUGAAAAUGUUUGUUCCGGUUACGGUGCGGCCAUCCUUUUGGAAUUGGAAGAUUUUCGAAAAGCAUGUCAAACACUCAUUGCGACAAAUACAAAAAAGAUAUUUGCAUCGUUGGACUUUUUGGAAUGCAAACCGUUGGCUUUGUUAAACAUUUUAAAAUUGAAUCAUCUAUCGUGCACCGAACUCGAUGUAUUCAAUGCAUGUAUUGAAUGGGUUAAAACGACCAGCGGUGAAAAUUAUGUGACAAGAAUGUUGCUUGAAAAUUAUCUCGGCGAAUCGUUUUAUUACAUUGACUUUGGUUCGAUGACACUUGAGGAUUUUCUUACGCUGUUACCGAUGCACGGCAAUCUUUUUAUCGGCGAUGACUACUGCGAAAUUAUUCAAAUGAUUGUCAACAAGUCAUUUCAAUCGACCAAAUUUAAGGGGAAUCGUCAUCAAGUGGCGGUAUGUCAUUUACAACAAAGUCUGACAACAUCUUCCAAGGUUAUCAAUAGAUUGCGACAAUAUGAAUACACAACGUUUUUCACAAAUCGGUCGAUUUGUUUGCAUCAAAUUGUUUGCGCGGAUUUACUUGAACCGUUUAAGGAAAGAGAAACAAAACGUUCGGGACCAACGGAUUUUGUGAGCGAAGUUACAAUCACGGAAAUUGAUGCUCGGAAUUUGGACCACAAAUUGGUAUUGUUUGAAGAAAAGGUGUAUUUAAACUACAACAGCAAAACUACAAUUGGAAUGCCAGUGCCGAUUUUGAUCAAACCAGAUUUUGAAUACAAAAUUGAGUUUAAGCAAAAUCCGAGUGGUUGCCGCUUCAAAUACUUACCAUUGAUAUCAAACGUUCAAAUUGACACGGAUGUUACGAUGCAAUUCCGAGAAAAAGGCGGUUCAACGUCCAGAAGCCUGAUUACAACACUCAAUUUUUGCCGAAUUUGCGCCAAUGAAGUGGCAUAACAUUUUUGUCACAUUUAAAAACAUGCAAUAUUUUUUUUACUCUAAUUUUAGAUUAACUACUAUUAAGUCGUUAAUAGUAUUAUUAUGAAAUUUAUUGAUUGGUCGUUUUUAUACAAAUGAAAUAAGAACAAUAUAAUCACCCACAUUUGAUAUUGGGAUAUUGCUUGAAAUGUGAUAU